AGAGAAGUAGAGCCAGAAGAAAAAGAAAAUAAAAAAAAGAGAGCAGAAAUGGCGACAUCUGUUGCGACUCUAUCUUCUCCCCCACCAGUUUCUCUGCCUCUAUCAUCAUCUCGCUCUUCCUUCUUCUCCAAUUGCUUCACAGUGACGACCCGACCAAGUACCCGUUCUUUGGUGGCGAUUCGACCAAGAAUCCGACCAGAGCCGAGGGGAAAGCCACUCACUUGUAAUGCCCUGUUUGGUCUCGGUGUCCCUGAGCUUGCUGUGAUCGCUGGUGUCGCUGCGUUGCUAUUCGGACCUAAGAAGCUUCCUGAGAUUGGAAAGAGUAUUGGGAAGACCGUCAAGAGCUUUCAACAGGCUGCAAAAGAGUUUGAAUCUGAGCUUAAGACAGAACCUGAAGAUUCUGUUGCUGACUCAUCUCCGGUAGCAAUGAGCAAAAAGGAAGAGGAAAAAACUGAAGUUUCGUCGAGCUCAAAGGACAGUGUAUGAAUGAAGAUGAGACUUUAGGCUUCACUUUUUACUGUAGCUACAACAAUUUGUGCAAUGAGUUUAGAUCAAAUACUCUUUUUGAAGGAAGCAGAGUAAUGUUCCUAUGAAAAUUAGCCCCAUGGUGUUUGAUUUGAAUCUAUAAAGCUUUUCUUCUUAAGAACAAA